AUGUCUCGAGAUGUGGCAUCAGGAGCAGGAAUCAAAGAGAGAGCUCGAAAGGGAGAGAUGGGCGCAAGAGAGAGAAGAGCGUCAGGCGCAGAGAGAAAGUGCAAAGUUAGAGGUAGAAAGAGAUGUGAAAUUACGAGAGUUAGCUAUAGAGAAAAAGAGUUAGAACAUGCUAAAAUUGGGGGGUCUCAACCCCAUGAGAUUAAAUGCCCACCUGUUAAGUUACCUAAGUUUGAGGAGGGACAGGACCCUGAUGUCUUUUUACGGUCGUUUGAAAAGAUAGCUGGGUUGCAGAAAUGGCAUAAAUCCCAGUGGGCUAUACGCUUAGUUCCUAUGUUAGCAGGUAAGGCUUUGGAAGCGUAUUCAAGGUUGUCGGAUGCAGAUAGUGAUAACUAUGAGAUUAUCAAAACAGCUAUUCUCAAGAGAUAUGAGCUUACUUCUGAAGAUUACAGGGAAAAAUUUCGUCAGGGUAAGCAGUCAAAUGAUGAGUCAUUUAAAGAUUUUGUUGUUAGGGUAGAAAGGUACCUCAAUCACUGGUGUGAACGUGAGAAAAUAGAUUCAGAUUUUGGCAAGUUGUAUGAUAUGGUCUUGAGAGAACAGGUUGUUAGAAGUUGUCCAAAAGACUUACAGUUGUGGAUUCUGGAGCAUGACCCAAAGUCUAUUGAGGAGGUUGUUGCGUUGUCUAAUGCAUUUCAGGCGGCACAUAAGAGUAAGUAUCUUAGUGGCAAUAGUGUCCAAUUUCACAGUACAGGGAAUAGGUCGACGGGAAAGCCAAACAAGUUUGGUUCGACAAAUUCUCAAGAUGGUAAGUCAAAUCUCAAGUCUCACUUUAAUGCAGGGGAUAGCAGAAAGUGUUUCAUUUGUGAUAGAGUAGGACAUAUUGCAGCCAACUGUUUUCUUAAGAGAACUCAGUCAAAGGGUCAAGACAGUAAAGGUCAGAGAGGUACAAAGCCUGAGAAAAGGUCAGAAAAUGUUGGUUUGUGUUUAGAUAAGUCUGAGUCUAAAGUUGUAGACAAUAUACAAGAUACAACCAAGGGUAGGGUGAUUCUUAAGUUGUCCGGAGUUGAUAACGAGUCGCCAGUAAUUGAAACAUCGGCAGCAUUGGGUUUGGAUUUAGUAAAGGGCCAGGUGAGUGAUCAACCAGUUGCAGUCUUACGAGAUACCGGAUGCUCUACUGUAUUUGUACGUAAUAAGUUUAUUUCAGACUCUGAUAAAACAGGACGUUCAAGAGUGAUAACUCUGGCUGAUGGAUCUCAAAGAAACUGUGAUGAGGCAAUGGUAGAUUUGAAGACUCCUUAUGUAUCAGGUAAGGUACAUGCCCUUGUCCUUGAUUCUCCUUUUGCUGAUGUAAUUAUUGGUAAUAAUGUUAGCAUACUCAAACCAAUGGAGGACGAAAAAGAAGUCAAGAGGGAUGGAGAUGACGAGAACACUUGUGCUGCAGUUCAGACACGUUUGCAGGCCAAAUUGGAGCAAGGUAAUAGUAGUUCUCAGAGAAAAGCAACAGAAGAGGAUUCAGAGGAUGAAUCUUUGAAACAAUUGUGGUGCAGCAGAGAUAAGUUGGUAGAACUUCAGGAAUCAGAUGACAGUUUGAAAUCUGCACUGAGUAUGGCACAAGACGAUACUCAAGAAGGUAAGUCUUACUUUCAGAAACAGGAUGGUUUACUGUAUAGAAUAUUUCAGAAAGAUUCUGGUGAGAAAUUUUCCCAGAUCGUCAUACCAAAGACAAUGAGGUCAAAGGUAAUGUCCCUGGCUCAUGACACUCCACUAGCAGGACAUUUAGGUAACAAGAAAACCAGGCAGCGUAUUAUGCAACAUUUCUUUUGGCCUGGAAUGUAUAUUGACAUAUCUCGAUUCUGCAAAUCUUGUUCUAUUUGUCAAAAGGGAACACCAAAAGGUCGAACUCCAAAAGCUCCACUCAUUCCUAUUCCACCCAUUGAGGAACCAUUCUCAAGAAUAGCCAUCGAUUUUGUUGGACCUCUUCCACUGACGGAGAAGAAAAAUCGUUACAUCUUGGUUUGUAUGGACUACUCAACACGGUAUCCGGAAGCAUUUCCUUUGAAAAACCAAGAAGCAGAGACAGUGGCCAACACUUUGAUAGAGCUGUUUUCUAGGGUAGGUGUGCCUAAUGAAAUUCUGUCGGACCAGGGUACCAAUUUUAUGUCCACACUGAUGACUGAAUUGUGUAAGUUACUUCAGGUAAGAAAAUUAACAACUACCCCUUACCAUCCACAAGCAAAUGGGUUAGUGGAAAAAUUUAAUGGGACUUUGAAGAAAAUGCUGAAGGCAUAUGCUUCUUCUGAACCUCACAGAUGGGAUGUUCAUUUGCCUUACGUCCUUUUUGCAUACAGAGAGGUGCCAAAUGAGACAACUGGGUAUUCUCCCUUUGAAUUGCUCUAUGGUAGACAUGUUAGGGGGCCCUUAGCAAUCUUGAAAGAGCAGUGGGAGGAACCUACAGUCGAACAGGCUUCAGUGUUGUCCUAUAUUCUGGAGACGAGAGAGAGAAUGCAGAACAUUAGAGAUUUGGUUAAAGAUUCAGAGAGACUCGCGAAAAAGAAACAAAAGAUGUACUACGACAAAAAGGCGAGAACUCGUACAUUUGAGGUAGGUCAGAAAGUUCUUGUACUUCUUCCAACUAGCACAUCUAAGCUGAUGGCGCAAUGGAAAGGUCCGUAUGAAGUAGUGAAAAAGGUAAGUCCAGUGGAUUACAAGGUAAGAAUAUCCAAGAAUAAAGAACCGGUUUACCAUGUCAACAUGUUGAAAGAGUGGCUUAGCAGAGAUUCGGAAGAGAAGUGUCCGAAAAGCAAUGAAGUUUUGGCAUGUAUGGAUGCAAAACCAAAUUUUUCAGAUGAGGACGAUUGCACUAACCAUAGAGCACCAAUCCUUCAACAGACAGAAUCAUCAGAUAAUGUUGAGAUAUCGUCAGAACUGUCAGAAGAGCAGAAACGACAACUCAAAAGGUUAGUAGAAGAAUUUGAGAAUGUAUUUACAGAUGUUCCAAAGAAAACGUCCUACAUCCAGCACACCAUUAAAACGACAACCGAGGAACCAAUCCAGAAGAAACCUUAUUCCAUUCCGUAUGCGCUACAGGAAAAGGUAAAGGCGGAAAUCAAGCAGAUGAAAGAGAUGGGAAUCAUAGAGGAGACGGAAAGCCCUUACUCAGCGCCUAUUGUACUCAUCAAAAAGAAUGACGACACCCUUAGAUUCUGCGUUGAUUAUAGGGAUCUAAAUAAGCGAUUCCUGGGAAGAUCACUUGGUGCAUUUGAGAGAGAUUUUUACAGCGUUGCAGAAUGCAAAUUUAGCAGCCCGACCGUCAAAGUGCAAAUUGGGGUUUGGUGAGGUCAGUUUCCUCGGACAUAUGGUAGGUGACGGUAAGAUAAAGCCAUUGUUGUCAAAGGUGCAAGCAAUUCAAAACAUUCUGGUCCCAAACA